GCUUCUGUCGCGUGCACCGUUGUAGGGAAAAUUUUCGCGCCAACCAUGCCUCGUACAGUGAAAGGACUCAAUUUCAAACAUAGACACGCUAUGAAACUUAUUAAAGAGGUUAGAGAAAGGCCGUGUCUAUGGAACAGUAAUCAUGAAGACUAUAAUGAUAGGCUUCAAACGUUUACAUCGUGGAAGCAGAUUAAGGAGACGUUGAAUAUACCGGAAGACGCUCUUCGUGUAAAAUGGAAGAACCUCCGAGACACAUUCAAAAGAGAGUUGAGGAAAUGUAAUCCCGAAUCCCCAGAACAUUACAACGGCAAAUGGAUCUUCUUCAAAUACAUGUGGUUCAUACAAGAGCCCAAUGACGUCACCAACGAGAUCCCAGUAACCGAUCAAUCCCUCGACAACGAUGAAGAUUUCGAGGAUUACUACUUGAUCCCCAAGCCAGAACCUAUAGAGGCAGAAUAUUUAGAAGAAUUUGCAAAUAUAGAAGAAGAUCCAGUUCCAGCGAAAAAGAGGAAAAAGAGCGAUGACAACGAAUACGAUCUUAUGUUUUUGAAAUCUUUAGCGCCGUAUUUCAAAGAUUUAGACCCAAUUAGGAAGUUAGUUUUGAGAAGCAAAAUGCAAGACAUGGUCUUGAACGAGAUAGCGGCUCAAGCAUCUCAAAAGAACUUAUAUAAGAAGAGUUAGUAGAUACUGUUCCUAGUGCGUUGGUGUUUUAUACUUUUUUAUUGUAAACGGCUAAUCUCUGAAAUGGCCGAACCAAUUUUGACGGGACUUUAAUUGGCAGUUAGCUGAUGUAAUGAGGAGUAACGUAGGCUACUUUUAUUUUAGAAAAAAUCUUUUAUAUUAGAAAAAUAAAGCUAAAUUCCACGCGAAGUCACGGGAACAGCUAGUUUUAACGGGAUUACAUGGUCAGGGAGAGAAACACGAGCAGUGUACUGCUGCAAGUUCUAUACUUGGACAUGUAUUUAAUGCAGCACUAGCAGGCUCCUACCAGAUUCGGUUACCAGAGUCGGUAUGUACGUCGGCAAAGGGUCCUUUAAACCUACACCCGGGUUACAAGUCCCAGGAGCUACUCGGAGUGUCCCUCUCUGCCACACCAUGAAUCCGGCUGUCGCAUGGGGAAUCCAUAAGUUGCCAGAAAAUUCACCUCUCUCUAGACUGAGGAUUCUAUAUACUGGGAUCGGUGCAGCCAAUAAUGUUAUUAUAGAAAGACGCAACGAAUAUAAUUAUAUUAAGGCGUAAGUCAACAGCGGUCUGCAAAAGAUGUAAUAACGAAUGGUAACAAAGAUCGCAUAGUAAAAUUAAAAAAAAAAUUGGUGCCGUGCCAGUACUAAGAAGUAUUGUACAGUAAUAAUUGAAAAGAAAGAAAAAGACAAGUUGAUAUAUAUAUAAUGUACUUUAGAUUACAAUUGUAAUAUUUAUACAAUUAAACAUAGAGCAAAUGUUAACAAUUUCUAAAUAUACACUUGAUAAAGUAUAAUAAGGCAGCCAUUUUGUUGAAAGCAAUCUUUCAAGUAAACUUAUGGUAAUAGAUUUGAUUAUAGGACAGGUACCUGUUCAAAUACGGAAAACAUUGCAAUCGAAAAAUUGGAGAAUGUCAGUGGGAUACAACAAGAAUAACUUUUUUUUAUUGUCUUUUUAAUUAUUU